GCCUGGCCUUGCGAGCAAUUUCAAACUCGAUUCGACGAAGCUUGUGGAGUUUGUUGCGGAAGAUGCUGUAAAACGGAGCAGUUUUGAAACGGCUGUAAAAUUGUAUGAUUUAGCUGAGGAUGAUACCAGGGCGCUGAACAUACUGUCAGAUUUGCUAAGCGAGGUCGCUUCCUUGAAAAUAUCAUCUAAUGGCCGUGCAGACAGAAUCGUUACCCUUGCGCGGGAUCUCAACUGCAGGUACGGAACCUUUGGCCAUAGCGCGACUCCUGAAUCUUUCGCAACUUUUUCGCGUCUCCUGGACUUGGUGCGCUAUUUCGAGCGCUAUAACGAUGGCUCAUACGCUGAAGCAAUAAACAUAAAAAAAUUGAUGCCAGAUAUUUUAACGUCGGUGAUGACGAUCCUUUUGGACGAUUACAGAAAACUUAAGAAUAACGCGUAUUUUUCGACUAACGGCGGAGCAGAGCUGGCUGAUAAUCCGAAAGAAAUGGCCAAAGCAUUGGUUACUUAUGCCGGUCAAGUGCCAUAUCAUUUUCCUGGAGCCUUGUUGUCCAGGUUGGUUCAAGCCGAAAUAUCCAUGUUGUAA